AUGGAAUUUAAAGUAACUGUUGACAAUAAUAAGCAAGAUGAAGAAGGAAAGGAAGAUGAAGGUGCAGAGGGUGUAAAUAUAAACGAGAAUAAUGAUGCCCAAAAGGAUGAAUUGUCGACAGGGUCAGCAAGUCCAUCUUCAAGCAACUCUUUGGACGUCCCCGAAGUGCAAACGACCACAACUUCAUCAUUAAUCAAGUCGAAAGCAACAAUUCCACGAUCAAAAGAUGCACGAAAUCGUCUCUCAACACAUUCACUUCUCUUAUCACGUCAACAUUCAAAUGAUUCGCCGCACGAUGAUCUCGAGCGUAAUAUUCCCGUCACACUUAUUGACCAUGAAACUGGACUUAAACGAUCUCAUGAGAAUGAUAAUCGAAAUUUGUAA